UGUUCUUAACUGACUAGUUAAAUUAAAAAAUAUAUGUUUAAAUGGUUCAAAUCGGCGACCAAUCAGCCUGUUGCAAGUGCUUAGCAAACUUCUGGGGAAAAGUUGGGUUUGAUCAAGUUAUUUUACAGAAAACAAAGGGCACUCAACAUGCUUGGCACUGACAUAAAUUACUGAUGAUUGGCUGAAAGAAAUUGAUAGUAAGAAGAUUGUGAGUUGUUUUGUUAGACUUCAGUGGAUUUGCAUCCUCUGCCUGUAUUAUGGAUUGAGUUACCCAUCUAAUAGAACAGAGAGGCUUUUUGUUAAUGGAAUCCUCUCUCUCUUCGUUAAUGGAAGCCUCUGCAAAUUCAGUGUGGUGUACCGCAGGGCAGCCGGCUAGGGACAUUAUUGUUUUCUGUUUUUACAAAUGAUCUUCCACUGACCUUGAAUAAAGCCUGUGUGUCUGUACGCUGACGACUCAACAGUAUACAUGUCGCCUGUAACAGUAAAAUAAAUAAGACACUUAACAUAUAGUUCCAGUCAGUUAUAGAAUGGGUAUCUAGCAAUAGGCUGGUGCUAAAUAUCUCAAAAACUAAAAGCAUAGUUUUUGGGACAAAUCACUCGCUCAACACUAAACCUCAUCUGGAUCUAUUAUUGAAUAUUGUGGCUAUUGAGCAAGUUGAGGAGACUAAACUGCUGGGUCUAACCCUAGAUAGCAAGCUAUCAUGGUCAAAAGAUAUGUGCACAGUUAUAGAAACAAUUUCCUCUUAGUUUCUAAAAUCACAUCCCUCUCAACAAAACACUCAUUUUUCAUAUAGCAUGCACAACGCAGAGGAUGGAAAGUUUGUACAUGUCGUAUGUAUACUUUCCAAGUUACAGUGUUUCCUUUAUAAUAUUUUUAAUGACAUCACAAAAUAACAACCAAACCGAAAUUAGUGUUCUUUUAGGUCGCCUCUGACAAUUCCCCACAUUCUAUGUUAGAAAUAUUGUUCUAGUAGUUGCUUUUGAACGUGUUAGACUUUUGGCCCGAAAAGUCUUCUUAAAACAAAGUACAUUCCUUGAGGUAAUUUAGAGAAAGAUUUCUGAAUGUUUUAUUUAUUGUUAUUUAUUGCAAAGCUGAUCUGACCUAUUUGGAUCCUCACAGGACAGUCAUGACAUAGGCUAUGUGUCACGUUUUAAAUGUAUGUAUUUCAGUCCUUGACUAAUAAUGUUCUGCACUAUGUAUUGUUUCAUGAGGACCCCAGGAAGAGUAGUUAAUGCUUUUGCAGCGGCUAAUGGAGAUCCUAAUAAAUACCAAACAAAGUAGAGUUCUUCACGGGUUCGGGUGGACCCGAUAUACCCGAGACCCGACCCGGGCCUGAACAGGUUCGGGUGGACCCGAUAUACCCGAGACCCGACCCGGGCCUGAACAGGUUCGGGUUUGAAAUAACAAAGCUUUCUGGGCCAGUGCAUGGAGAACCUGCUGUUGGACCAGGACUUCUGGUUGAGUUCUCUGGACCAGGAGUACUUUGCAAUAGAGAUCUCUAUCCAAGAGGAGACUCUCAACCUCAUGUACAAAGGCAUCCUCAUGCAAGAGGGUUCCUUGUUCGCCAGCUGCAGCUCCACCCAGAUGUUCGACAGCUCCACCUCUGGUAGAGACCUCUACCUGGAGCAGGGGGACAUCGCCCUGUUUGAGCCCCCGUUCCUGGGCUCGGGGUGGACCGUACUCUCCCUGGGGGAUGGAGCCCGGGGGACCAAACCCAAACCAGCCCUGGAGCCCGUCAUCCCCUUCCACCAAUGGUUCCUCAAAUCAUGUGGGGAGAACAUCUUAGUUGGCAGUGGCAAGCCAGCAUGUGAUUUCCCCUGCCAGUUUGCCACUGGCUCCUGCGUGGCCACUGUUGAGUAUGACGCCGGUGGGCCAGACGAGCUAAGCCUGGAGCAGGGUGAUCGCAUCAUCAUUGUGGGCCUGUUGGUGUCGUGCUUCGAGUGGUUCACUGGCAGACUGGAGAGGACAGGAGAAGUGGGAUUGGUGAUGACAACACUGGUCAGACCGGCCGAUAGCCUUUGUGAGGCGUCUGACAUUUUCCUAGAGAAAGAAGAGAGGUUGUUUUUCAACCUGAAAGAAGAUCAGAUUAAAGAGGAGACAAUCGCCUUGCUGAAAAAAAUCAACCAGAAUGAUGUUGGACACGUCUACAAACUUGAUCUGAUUGCUCAACCGGAUUCUCCAAAUGAACCAACUCAAAGGAGGGAUGGUUCCCAAGGCAACAUGGACGCUCACCAACAAGCAGAACUGAGGAGGAAGAUUGAAGAGAUUCUGCUAAAAGGGAAGAUGAAAUCGAAGGUGCCUCAUGCAACUGUGACGACAAACGGAACUCUGGAGGACCACAGUGAGACCUCUAAGACUACGUUACCCAGCGGGCCUCACUUCACCAUCCAACCAGUUGAGGAAGGCACCACCACCAACCAGGAGAAAUUCCUUCCUCUUCUAUCCUUCCUGGGUGGCAGCAACUACAAGCCAGAGUUUGGCGCCCUCUAUGGCCAAACUCCAGAACGGCUCCUCGCCACUUUCACUGGCCACUCAGACGACGUUGACAAAUUGGUGGCGUAUCUAGGUGUUGCCAGGGAAACUGCCAGGAAGAAGCGUCUCCAUUGGUCCCAGAGCCGCCUCUGUUUCCUUUUGGGGAAGCUCUGCGCAGGACGAUCAAAAUUUUCCCAGGCUCGAGUCUACUUCGAGGAGGCCCUUAGCGUCCCUCGAGGCGGCUUCACGGACAUGCUAAUGCUAGCUAGUAUCUACGCUAAUUUAGCGGUGAUCUAUCUCAUGCAGAAAAAUACAGAAAAAUACUUGGCUCUGUCGGAGCGGAUCGCUGCGCUGCUAAUGGGCAUCCCUUACUGCGUCUCGACAGUGGAGAAAGACUCAGAAGUUCUGAAGUUUAUCCUGAAGAAGGCGGUGCUUAGUCACAACAAGAUGGCAGAAGCCAGAGCAUGCUUCCUUUUGGCCAAGCUCCACUGGAGGCGAGGUGAGGCGGCGGACACCGUUCCCUUCCUGGAGAGGCUUCUGGUUCUCUUGGCGGAGCCCCCUGGUGUCCGGAGCGUCGCACCCAGCCAUGGCUACCUCAGCCUGGGGAGGCUGUACAGCCAGCUCUCCCUCCCCCACCUCUGUGUCAGCUCGGCCAGGAGAGCCACGAUGCAUCCGUCUGCUAGGCUAGCCGAUUGUCUGAAUGGAACGGGGCUGGUUCUGGAGAACACAGACAGACUCUAUGGGAUCCGGAAGCAGGACGUUGCCAUUCCGGCUCAAGUGGCUCCAUAUCUCAGCCGGUCGCUCUCCUUCACUGGGCGAUUAGAUGGAGUCGGUGGCACUGGUGACCAAGCUCUAAGCCAGGCUCUAACACUCUGCCUAUCCCAGCUGUUUCAGGUACAUGGGAUGCUAGGUCACGCCGUACGCUCCAUGCACACUCUCAUAGACCAUCAUCGUGCGCCGUCAUCAUCAUCGGGCACCACUAGCAUUCCUGAACGAAACAUCGCCCUUGUGUGGCUAGCAUGGCUCCACAUCUGUAACAGACAACCAGAGGUAUCUCUAGACGUCCUCGACUCAGUGCUGGCCUCCAUGCCAGAACAUUGCACUACCCCACAGGAAGGACUGGUCCACAACAUGAGGGGUGUAGCCUUGCGAAGCAUGGGGGACCUGAGGAGGGCAGCAGAGAGCUACCAGACGGCCAUUGAUGUGUGUGAGGAGUUUGAGGACAGGGCUAACUGGGCAGUAGCAGAAGCUAACCUGGGGUUAUUGUGUCUGAAGGCUGGGGCUAAGAGGUUAGCGGAGCAGCAUCUAACAGAAGCUGUUGAGAUGUUGUCAGCGCUGGAGGGACAAGAACAUGAGGUGAACUUUACCACAGUGCUGUUGGAGCUGGGACAGUACUAUGUGAACCAGAGACACCUGGACAGAGGAAAGAUCUACUAUGAAUGGGCUCUACUCAUGGCUAUCAAGUCCAACCACUCAGACAGUCAGUUGAGCGUGACGCGACGCUUGUGCCACCUUUACAGAGCAGUGUGUCCGGAUGAGGCCCAGUGCAUCAUCUACAACGAACAUCAGCUGGCCCUGCUGGUGACCCGGGGAGACAGGAGACAGGAGGGGGAGGUGUUGGAGACCAUCAGCCAGCUAUACCUUAGUCUGGGGACAGAGAGGGCUAGGCGGUCUGCUCUAGACUACACCAAGCGUAGCCUGGGUAUCUUCAUAGACCUGGGCCGGAGGGAGAAGGAGGCUUACGCCUGGUUACAGGCUGGGAAGAUAUACCACCUGCUGGGCCAGACUGAACUGGUGGACCUUUAUUUACAGGUGGCCCAAGAUGUGGGUGUGAGUACGGGAGACACACACUUCAUCCUACAGCUGCUGGAGGCGGCAGGGGACGUCUUCUUCAACAGCUCAACGGAGAGAGAGAAGGCUGUCUGCUUCUAUGAGGACCGUGCCCUGCCCAUCGCGGUGAAAACCAGCAGUACAGAGGUCAGACUGAGACUGUCUAACAAGCUGGUGGAGCUGCUGCUGCAGAUGAAGCUGUAUGGAGAGGCUGUUGAGUACGCCCAGACCGCCCUGGACAUCAGUGUUAAACUGGGAAACGGUCUGAACGAGCGUGUGGCGUUCCACCGCCUGGCUACUUUGUACCACUGUCUGGGUCAGUUUGAGCUGGCUGAACACUACUACCUGAAGGCCCUCUCCCUCUGCCCCACGCCCCUGGAGUUUGAUGAGGAAACCCUGUACUAUGUCAGGGUGUAUCGGACGCUGGGGGACAUUAUAUUCUAUGACCUGAAGGACCCGUAUGACGCCGCAGGUUACUACCACCUAGCACUUGCUGCAGCCAUGGACAUCGGCAACAAGAAGUCCCAACUCCAGCUCUGCACCCGAUUGGCUACCAUCUACCACAACUUCCUGGUUGAUCGGGAACUGUCCCUCUUCUUCUACCAGAAAGCACGAGCGUUCGCCUCCGACCUCAAUGUACGACGCAUCAACCUCUCGCCAGACCAGAUCUUCAGCAGUAUGUCACAGUACAAGAUGAACAGGGUGAACAUCCAGGAACCAAGAAAUAAGUCACCGUCAAACGGCCAUCUUGGUUUGAAGUUAGUGAGAAGAGGGGAGAGAUUAUAGCCUGGACCCAGAUCUGUUUGUGCUCUUACCAACUCCAAUGCUCAUUGUCAAGCAAAACAUGACAGUGAGUGACAAGGAGUUGCAAUGAUAGCACAAACAGACUGGCACUCAGGCUAGAGAGGUUAUGGGUGUUGGAGGAGAUUGUGCCAAGUGGGCGUUGUAGGCCUUCGUUCGGUUUAAAUAUGUAAUUCUGACAUUUUGAACUGCUGAGAUGUGUUAAUGUGAUUUUGCCAAUCAGUGUUCUGUGCCUUACUGAACAAUAUCACUUUGAAUAGAAUCAUACAGCAAUGACUGAAUAUCUAUAAUUGUCUUCAGUUGAUGACCUGAAACGAGUUAAGUCAUGGUGAAAGUAAUGAAUCAUGAAAGAUAUCUCUAAUAAAAAGUCAGAGAAGAUAAUGGAGAAGGUCCAGCUGUUGCAGGUUAUAGUGGAGUCUGGAGUGAAUUGCUCUGUGAGAGUGAAGACCACUUGGACUGCGCGGCUGGGCCCAUAUCCACAAAGUGUCUCAUAGUAGGAGUGCUGAUCUAGGAUCUGUCCAUACAGUCGUAUUUAUUCUCAUCCAAAUGGCAAAACUGAUCCUAAGUCAGCACUCUGAUAAGCCGUCAAUGCCUUUUUUUGUAUAAUUAGCUCGUUUUCCAUCCAAUCGGCGCACAGAUUUUCAUGCGAAUAUUCAACAAUCCGCAUAAAGACAAUAUGCGCAUUUUCCCAUCAGUGGUGUUUCCACCCAACGGACUUGUUGUAGAUAAAAAUCAAUGUGUGAUGACGUAGUGCACACAAAAUGUACUUUUUCGCUUAGGUUUUCAUGUAAUGAAUAAAAAUCUAAAGAGUCAA